AUGGGUGGAAAUGGCAUUAGAGCUUUGGUUGGAGCUCUUGUGUCUCUGGGUAUUAUUGUGUUUCUUCUUGUCGGUAUCUUAGCAAACUCUGCACAAGGUGUUCCAUCAACAGAUAAGGUCAAGACUUUACGAUUUAGUAGUAAGGAUGUGAAUCUGUUUCAUGUGAGCAAGCGAAAAGUUCCAAAUGGACCUGAUCCAAUCCACAACAGGAAAGCAGAAACUUCGAGACUGCCACCAAGAGUAUGA